AUGGAGCUUGACAUAAAUAAUAAAAGGAUAUCCGAAAAAGAAAAUAAACUAGAAAUUAAUAACAUAAAUAGAAUUAUAUUAGAUAUUCUAUGUUCAGAAGCGAUAAGAAAAAUAAAAUUUAUUCUGCAUGUAUUAAAGGAACUCCUGAAAAAGAAAACGAACAUUUUACAUGUUUAUUUAACCAAUGAUAUCGAUCACUUGUCUACCGAAAAUGAGAAGAAGCAAAUAUUUAACUCGUUGCAAGAUCAAAUCGAAUUAUGCGAAAACGACAGUGACUACAAUGAAAUGAAAAAAAAAAUUGAAAAGUAUAUUGAUUCCUUGAGUGAGACAAAUGAAAUAUUAUGUCAAAAUUCACCAACUGAUAGAAACAUAAAAGAAAAUAGGAAUAAAAUAAUUGAAGAUGGCUCUUUAUUGUUAAACAUAUUUAGAAAAAUGAAAAAAUUAAAUUUCGCCUCUGUCCUAAAUGAGUUAAAUAAUUUCAAGGCCGAAGAGAGCUUGCUUCUGAACUUGAACCAGAAUGUUUAUCACAAAAAACAAAUAAUCAACAUUUUAAAAGAACAAAUAAAAGAGCAAAUAGAAAAUACGAAAAGUAAAAUGAAGUAUAUCCAGGGGCAAAUAGAGAAAAUUGAAAAAAGAAAAAAAAUAUUUUUUGUAAAAUUUAUGCUUUAUUAUAUAUAUAAAGAAGAAUAUGUCCAUGCAAAAAUGGCAAAUUACAACAUGAACAUAAAUUUUAAAUAUGAUUCAACUAAAAAAUCAAAAGAAGACAUGGAAGAACAAUUGAAAGUGUACGAUAACAUUAACGAUUAUAUUAAGAUGUUUCUAAACAAAAGGAAUGAUAAUUUGCAAAAUAUUCAUGACGAGUUAGUUGAGUACUAUGAGAAGGAAAGAUUUGAGAAGAACAAGCAGCUGGAGGAAACCAAAAAUGAAAUUAAUAAUUCUAUUAAAAGCAUCGAAAUGAAGAGGAAUAAAAUAGUUAAAUAUGAAGAAGUAAAUAAAUUAAGAGAGGAAGAAGAAAAGGAGAAAAUGAGAAAAGAAAUUGACGAAAGGGAAUUCUUAAAAGAAUACAAUAAGUCCAUUUUAUUUUUGCAAGAUAUAGGAAGAAAUAAAAUAAAAGAUUACGAUGAGAAAAGGAAAAAAAACUUAAAGAAAUUGGCAGCAAAAAAAAAAAAAAAAAAAAAAAAUUGGCCAUAA